AUCAACUUCGGUUCCUUCACUGCUCACUGCUCAUACGCAUAUUGUGAGACAGAUUGUAAAAUUCACUUUCAUAAGUGAGGGAAGAGAACGACAAGGGGCGAAACUGGAAUCCUGAAUAUUGGCACUUUCACUUCAAUCUGCUGCUGACAGAGAAAUAAAGGAGGAAUCAAACUGAAAGUAACUGAGGUAGUAACCUGAUACAGCAGCUUAAAGAAACAACUGACUGUCUUCCUGGUUCAGCAUUCUGAUGUGUUGAGCUUCGUUCAGAAAGAAAAUGGCUUCAGCAGGAUCUGAGUCUCUCUGCAGUCUGCACUCUGAGAAACUGAAACUCUUCUGCCUGGACCAUCAGGAGGCCGUGUGUGUCAUCUGCCGAGACUCAAAAACACACAACAACCAUGUAUUCAGUCCCAUUGACGAAGCUGCACAGGAUCUCAGAGAGAAACUCCAGAGAUCUCUGAAGCCCUUACACGAAAAACUGACGCUCUUCAAGCAAAUUAAAGGAAACUGUGAUCAAACAGCAAAACACAUCAAGGUCCAAACCCGAGACACAGAGAGGGAGAUUAAGGAGCAGUUUAAGAAGCUUCACCAGUUUCUACAAGAGGAAGAGGAGGCCAGGAUCACUGCUCUGAGGGUGGAAGAGAAGCAAAAAAGUAGAUUGAUGAGGGAGAAGAUUGAGGCUCUGAGCAGAGAGAUAGCAGCUCUGUCAGACACAAUCAGAGCCACAGAAAAGGAUCUGAGGGCUGAAGACGUCUCAUUCCUGCACAGCUACAAGGCUGCAGUCAAAAGAGUCCAGCAGCGUCCCCUGCCGAAUGAUCCAGAGCUGGUCUCAGGAGCUCUGAUAGAUGUGACUAAACAUCUGGGCAACCUGACCUUCAACAUCUGGAACAAGAUGAAGGAGAUGGUCUCCUACACUCCUGUGAUUCUGGAUCCAAACACUGCUCAUCCAGACCUCAUCCUGUCUGAAGAUCUGACCAGUGUGAGACGUGGAGAGAGACAGAAGCUUCCCGACAAUCCAGAGAGGUUCGACUGUUAUCACAUUGUCCUGGGCUCUGAAGCCUUUACCUCAUCAACGCACACCUGGGAUGUUGAGGUUGGACACAAUACAGGCUGGGUCCUGGGGGUGGCAGCGGAGUCUGUCCAAAGGAAGAGAGACGUAAAGUCUGGAUUGUGGCGAAUUGGGUUAUCUGAUGGUAAAUAUGCAGCGGUCUCACCAUCAGAUCCCCACAUUAUUCUCUCAGUGAAGAAGAAGCUCCAGCGGAUCAGAGUUCAUCUGGACUGGAACAGAGGGAAACUGUCGUUCUCUGAUCUGGACACUGACACACACAUACACACCUUCACACACACUUUCACUGAGAGGCUGUUUCCAUACAUUAGCAGCAGGAAUGAAUUCCAACUGAAAGUGUUACCAGUGAACGUCUCUGUAACACACAAACAGCUUAGUCAGUGAAGACAAGAAUCAUCUCUUAAACAGCAGCACUGAACAAUUACGAGUUAUUUCAAGUAUCUAGUUUUCUUUCUAUGCAUGUUUACAUAGGUGAGUAUCUGAUUCUCACCUAUGGGCUCGUAACGUGGCUCUGAAAAGCUUGCUCCUUUAUUCAGUUUGGAUCUGUAGCAUUUAGAACAGAUCAGUGUCAAACCAUGAAAAUGUACAUAGAAACUUCUCAAACCAUUUCUGCAGCAUAAUCAGCUUUUCAUCCCUUUAUAUGUAUUCUCCAAGUUGUUUGGUUUUUUUUUUGGGGGGGGGGGGAGUUUUACUACCUUGUCUUUUUAGAGAGCUUGGGCUGGUGUUGAUGUUAUACUGGGCAAUAAAAAUAAA